AUGGGGUCGGAGGCGAUGGGCCAGGUCGCAUCCAACCUGUUGGACGAGAUGCUGCGCAUAGUUGGCCAACACAAACACGACAUCAAAAGGGACGACAAGUAUGAAAGCAACAUCCUGCAGCAGCUCCACUCGGAAGGAAUCUGGCGCUCAGAGACCUGUACCGCAGUAGCCUGGAUUGAGCACCGUGACGGCAGCAGGCUGAGUUCAGUCGGGCUCGCGUUGACAAAGAAGAACCGCGACAGGGCAGUCUACCUCUCCGUGGCGACAGUGCUGGCGCUGGAGCUUCUGCAGAGCGACUCUUCGUAUUUGACGUCCUUUGUGGCAUGCAGAGAGAGCCAGGGAGUCUUCGGAGUUCGAUUCUCGUCAGGACAAUUGCACGACCCCCAAGGUGCCGAGCUUUGGAAAAGGCCACGUUGGGGGUUCCAUGGCAGUGCAUGGCAGCCGAAGAGAGCAGCGGUUUUUGGGCGAGAGCCGAAGUCGAGGCGACAGCAUAGGAGUUUUGGGGGGCAGCAGCAGGCCGUGAGCAUCCGUUCAGUUUCUCCAAGCAGCGGAAGGGCUACGGUUACAAAGGCCACGCUACACGAGUCCUUGCAGAAUCGCAAACUUUUGGGAGUCUGGAUGCCACCAAUUCUGAUAGUUCGCUGGAAAGAGAUGUUAUAG